GCGGGGUCGCGGCGGGGUCGCGGCGGCCUCCGGCACACAACCGUCACCUCCGCGCCGUCUCUCUCCACGGUUACCCAGCUCUCCGCCUCUUCUACCCGCAGCGCUCCCAGGACCAUGGCUGAUCCUCGCGUGAGGCAGAUCAAGAUCAAAACCGGCGUAGUGAAACGAUUGGUCAAAGAAAAAGUGAUGUAUGAAAAAGAAGCAAAACAACAAGAAGAAAAGAUUGAAAAAAUGAGGGCUGAAGAUGGUGAAAAUUAUGCCAUUAAAAAGCAGGCAGAGAUCCUGCAAGAGUCCCGGAUGAUGAUCCCAGAUUGCCAGCGCAGGCUGGAAGCUGCGUAUACCGAUCUUCUGCAGCUAUUAGAAAGUGAAAAAGAGUUGGAAGAAGCUGAGGAAUAUAAAGAAGCACGUACAGUACUGGAUUCAGUGAAAUUAGAAGCCUGAAAUUUUUCUCUAUGGGGUUUUUUUGCAUUAAAUUCUGGGAUCCAUUCCACAGUUCAUUAUUUUUGACCACUGCUAUAUGUUCAAGUAGAAUGAGAAUGUGAUUCUUCUUAUGCGUUUGCGUAUAUUUUCUUUGCCUAAUUUAAGGUGUCAAAUGAGUUCGUCCAAUAAAAUUGUUAAUUUCAUACUUUACAGAA